UCCAGUUUAUGCUUUCUCAGGCCGGGCAUUCUUCUGAAGGUAGCAGAACAAAACGGACAUGGCAGGCUUUUUUUCUUUUUAUUUGUUGCUACUUUUGACGGUUCAUCAUUACUUGGGUGCCAUUCUCCAUUAUCGAUACAUAGUUGGGCAAGUUCGUCGUAUUCUGGAUUCAACUGUUGAUCACAUAAUUUGAACAAUUCUUCGUAUUCUUCUUGUGUUAUGGAUUCAGGAGACCAGAAGUUCUCAGAAUCACUGAUCUCGGGAACCGAUGGGGAUGUAUUAUGUUCCUCGGAUUGUUGGAUUUCCUUGCAAAUUAAUUCAAUCAAUUUCAAUCAAUUUCAUACUGACAUACUCGUUAUUUUCCAGAUAAAAUUGUUUAGCCCAAGUAAGCAGUUCAUCACUACUGGUGAACGAAUCGAUAAUGGCGAAGGUAUUGACGACGAAGCGAUCCAUCUGGAAAAAAAUAACUCGCCUAAGUUUCUCACCUAAUCAUAACACCCAAUACAGCUUCAGACAACUUAUAAACAAUUGGAAUUCUGAAGAAUUUCACGGAAUUUUGGAUAAUUGGCCGGAGACUUCACAAGAAAAUCAAAAGGAAGAAACAAAAAAAGAAGAAAGGAAGAAAGAACCAGAAAGAAGAAAGGAGGCGGAGCCUCUAAAUUUAUCCAGAAAACGGUGCAGAGUAAGUUAUAUGUCCUUCAAUUCUUUUAUGUAUGACAUAUGUGUUAAAUCAUUAUACAUGUACCGUACUUAAAAACUGUUCCAAAUAGAAACAGUUUUCAU